CUGGUGACAUCUGUGCUCUUCUCUCUCUUCCAUACAAUUAUGUGUAUAGAGACACAGCUUGCUUUAUUCCAUUAGAUCUGAAAAAGACGAGUUACCCAACCUCAUACAUCAUUUUACUAAUUCCCAAUCACUCUCUUUGAUGAGGAUCACAGGUGCCCAUCAAACACACAAGAACCUCCCUUCCUUCCACUUCUCUUCCUUAUGCAUGAAAUCAUUCAAUUGCUGAGGAUGUUUGCCUCUGCAAAAGGAAACUGAAAACUGAAACUAACUAGCUUUCCCACCCCCACAAGGCCAAAAACCAAACCUCCUUUAUUUUCUCUCCCCACUUUUACCAUGUCAUCCGAUGACACACCACCUUCAAAGCCCGCCACAGCAACAACAACAACGGACCAAGAGACCCAAAGUUCCGGUGGCAGAAAAGGCUCCUCCACUAGGCCCCAAGAGCAAGGCCUCAAGUGUCCACGAUGCGACUCACCCAACACCAAAUUCUGCUACUACAACAACUACAGCCUCACACAGCCAAGGCAUUUCUGCAAGACAUGUAGAAGAUACUGGACAAAAGGUGGGGCUUUGCGUAACGUCCCUAUUGGCGGUGGAUGCAGGAAGAACAAGAAGGUGAGGUCAUCGAGGCUUUCAUGUGACUCCAAGGACUCUGGUUCCUCCUCUUCAGACCUUGGUGGCCUCAAGUUCCUUCAUACUCUUCCUCCUUCCAUGGACUUUCACCUUGGAGGGUUACCCUUCCCUAGGCUUCACCAUCACCCUCCAGCAACUUAUAACCAAUUUUCCUCUUUUGGGGACACUUCUAGUGCUUCUUCCUGUUUCAACCUUGACCCUUCUCCUGGCACCACCUCAAGUUCUUUCGCUGCACUUAAUUACCCUUUUUCUUACAAUGGUGCAAUCCAAGGCAUGAGCGCUAUGAAUGUUCACAGUGGUCACGCCUCUUCCAUUGAGUCUUUGAGUUCUAUAAACCAGGACUUGCACUGGAAGUUGCAGCAGCAGCGAUUGGCAAUGCUGUUUGGUGGAGAUAACAGCCAGAAAGAUCAUAGUGGUAGUGGAGGGAUGUCACCGACGAUUAACCACCUCGAGAACCAGACACAGAAACCACAACCCAUUUUGUUUCAAAAUCUUGAGGUUUCAAAGGCGGGGAUUUUCCCCGUUGAGAACUCUAGAAAAGAAAAUGGUCCAUGUGGGGACACACACACACCCUCCACUGAGUGGUUCUUUGGGAAUUCUUAUGCCUCGGUGACUCCUCCUACAGCUACUACUACCAGUAGUGGUGGCCCAGGGAAUGAUAAUGCAAGCAAUUGGAGUAGCGGUGUGAAUGCUUGGGGUGAUGUGCCGCAGCAAUAUACUGCUUUGCCCUAGCUACCUAGAUGUGAAAGCACGAGGGAGGAUAAAGAGGAGUAAGAGUGGUUGAUAUCCAAAACAAAACUUAUACAGCAUCAGCGUGUCCCUCUGUGUGUGUAUCAGAGAAUUGAGUCUCAGGCUCUUGAGCCACUGAUCAACGCUACACAAAACACGCAGUGGCUGGCCGUAGCUUUCGCUGCUUGGCUUCAUCUUAGCCUGCACUGUACUAUCAGCCCUUGUAGCCUUCUUCUCUUCUCUCUCUCUUCCAAAAUAUCAUACAUGCUGCUAAGACUAUUCGUAAUUAUUGUGGCAGUGUGGUGUGAUUUGGUGGUGUCUGAAAAAGUGGUGAUUUGAAAGUGAAUUGAAUGAAACACUGUCAACGUUUGAAUAAUAAGAGACAUAAAAAUAUGGUAUCUAAAGCUUAGCUUCGAUUUUUUUUUUGGAGCAAAUAUAAAAGUUAUGUUGUUUAGCUUUUAAGAGUGUUGGAGAGUGAGCCCUUUCAUCCGUGCUAUUUGCCACUGAGCAUCAACUCUCAUUGUUAUACUGUAUCAUGUACAGAGAGUGAGAGAGAGAAAGAAAACAAAGCAGUGUCAUGAGCAUUGCUUUUCUUGCUUCUUUCUCAUCUUUAUUCCUCACUUUCACUGUUUGCGCGAAAAAUCUCAGACCCCACAAUUGCAGAAAAGAUUACCAUUAUAUGCUAUUCCCUACCUUUAUCCCACUCAUCGGAACUAAACAAAUAUAUCAAAUACUUGUGCAUGCAAACUGCACUAUCUUCCC